CCAGCGUUCCCUGCGGCUGUGUAAAAUGGCGGCGAAUCCAAGCACAAAUACUGAUGUCUUUGACUGCCCGUCAUGGGCAGGAAAGCCUCCACCAGGACUCCAUCUGGAUGUGGUUAAAGGAGACAAAUUAAUGGAGAAACUGAUCAUUGACGAAAAGAAGUUCUAUCUGUUCGGGAGGAAUCCAGACCACUGUGACUUUGUGAUAGACCACCAGUCCUGCUCGCGGGUCCAUGCGGCGCUGGUCUACCACAGGCAUCUUAAAAGAGUCUUUCUCAUUGACCUCAACAGCACCCAUGGCACAUUUCUGGGCAGAAUCCGCCUCGAACCUCACAAACCUCAGCAGGUGCCUAUCGACUCGACCAUGUCGUUCGGCGCGUCCACGCGAGUGUACACGCUGAGAGAGAAGCCCCAAACACAGAGCAGCUCAGCUGCAGACAGUAAAGGAGUGGAGGAUGAGGAACUGAAGGGAUUGCUCGGCCUUCCAGAGGAAGAGACAGAGCUUGAGAACCUGACCGAGUUCAACACGGCUCAUAACAAACGCAUCUCCACACUGACCAUCGAGGAGGGAAACCUGGAGAUCCAGAGACCCAAGAGGAGGAAGAGAACCUCCCGGGUGUCCUUCAGCGAAGAGGAGGAGAUCAUUAACCCUGAGGACGUCGACCCCUCCGUAGGACGCUUUAGAAACAUGGUGCAGACAGCUGUGGUCCCCAUGAAGAAGAAGAAAUUCGAGGGUCACGGCACACUAGGAUUGGAUGACAACAUAGCACGACGAUUACAGAACUUUCCCCUCAGUGCUGGGCUCUACGGUGAUCUGCCGCCCACCAGCCAUGAAUCAGGGGGACAUGGAGGCGGUGCCCAGGGGGGCGGGUCAUCUGCAAUCCUGGCAGGUAUGCCUCUACCCUUCCCCAACCCCGCCCCGGAGGUAGAUCUCAUGCCCACCACUGUGCAUCCCCCUGCCAUGCUGAACCCCACUCCUGCUCCAGGACCCUAUUCAGCCGAGCCCCUCAACGAGCCACGCAAGAAGAAAUAUGCCAAGGAGGCGUGGCCUGGCAAGAAGCCCACCCCCUCCCUGCUGAUUUAACGCGUUUCACCGUCAAACCGGAUAGCCUACCUAAGACAGAUUUGAUGUUCUCGAGCAUCUGCACGUUUGGACCGUGUUUUGAUGUUCUGAGUGAUGUUUUUUCCAGUUCAAGUGCAUAACGGUAGCCUGUUACAGGUUGUGGUUUUACUCAUUUUGACAUGGUGAGGCACUGCUGUGUACGAUAUAAACUGACUGUGCUUCUGUCCGGCUGAAGUUUGAGGAGAGUGAAUGUCAUGCAGAAAUCAUCAGGUCAUAAUUCACCCAAAAAACAAAACCAUAUUUUGCUGAAAGAAAUUGAUUAUGUUAAGGAUUUAUUUUUAGGGUUUUUUCCAUUUUUUUUGUUGCAAUAUGACAUUUUUAUAAGAAAUAGCAUAAUCACAUUUGCCCUGCAAAUUUUUAUGUAAUGUAAAAAUAUCCUGUCUUUAGACACAUUAAUGAUGAACAUGUAAUUGGUUUAAACUCUUGAUGGUUCUAAAAUAGUCUUUUUCUUUAAGCGAAUUAUAAUAUUUUUUUCUUUGGAUUGUUUUAGGAAAUAACACUGCAUGUUUUUUCAGGCAUUGCCAUUGAAUACACUCAUUCACAUUUACAGUCAGGAAGUGUAAACCACAGCUGAUAGAAAUCAGGCGAUUCAUGCUUUCUUACAUUGGAGAUAAACGCAGUAGGAGCCGUUACUGUCAAUAACAGUAAACAGGCAAAGCAUUUUAACAUGGAGAUGUAUUUAAUUCCUUUGUUUAAAUGUUAUAGCAAUUUUCAUUGUAAUUUAACAAAUGUUUGUUUUUAAUAAGAUGUUUUCAUAUUGCCCUGCGUAUUUGGAGUACAAACCAAGCAAAACCACAUCAACCAAAUGUCACGUUACUAAAUCGUAAUGUUGUAGAAAAUAAAUUCAGGUGUUACGAUUGACACGAUAAAAUCUAUUGGAGUGUGUUAUCACGAAGCCCACUGUUUGUAUCACAGUUUUGUUGGAAAGUUAUUGGUAUGUUUGUAGUUUAUGGACUGGACUUCAAACCUGUAGAGAGAAAGCAUGAAUGAACGCCAUGUGAAUGCAGGGCGUUGCCGUGUAAUGUGAACUGUUUGUUAGCAUUUUUAUACAUAUAUAUUUUUUAUAUCUUGAAUAUCUCUUACUGGCCAGUGUAUGAGAUGACAAGACUUAAAGUGGAAAGAUGAAAGGGAUUUCUGUGAUUGUUGGAUUAUUUGUCUAAUAAACAGUAU